AUGGAUUUCAAUAUGGAUGUUGCUAUGCUAGGGAAAAGGCUUAGAAGCUGCGAAAUCUGUUUAGCAGAGCAAGACGAAGAAGUCGAGGGUGCAUUUAAGGCGAGCCAGCAGGAAUUAAACAGCUCGCUGGAGGCUGGAGUGGCCUCCAUCCAAGCUGCUAUGGCUAGCAUGGAUAAGACGAGCUCCACGAAGGAACAGAGCCUGACAGUGCAGAGUCGGCAGAUCGUAGAGUCCAGGCGCCAAAAGAUACGUAUGAUCGGAAAUGCAUUUGAAUAUGUUUCCAAAGUCGCCGGCGAUUUGAUGGUCAGAUUCAUGAAGAUACAAAAAAGUGCGAUCGAUCUUGAAGUUGAAAUUUCCGUUUUGCAGCGAGAUACGGGUAUCACGGUUGUACGGGCAGAGGAGAACAGCAAAUAUGCCCUGAAGAGGGUCAACGCGAGAGCGAAGGAGCGAAAAACUGCGAAACAAAAACUGGAAGCUCUGGAAGUCAGUAUACGAAGCCUUGAAGAUCGAAAAGAAAAUUUGGACGAAGAUAGGAACAUCUUAAGAGUGCUCCGUGCUGAGAAAGUUAGCAUCAAGGACGGCCUUCAAACGAAGAAGGCCGAGAUAUCACACAUGGAUGCCGCAUUCAAGAGCCUUAAAUCUGAAGAAAAGGAAGCGCAGGCUUCAUUAGAGGCAGCUAAUCACGUAUGCGACAACUGUGCAGCCCUUAACUUGGAGGUUUCCAGGUUGAAGGAAACUGUGGGCAUGCACAUCCAGUCGUAUCAGAAGGUCAAAAACGCUGCCACAGAGCUUUCAUUGUGGGCAGACGAGUUGAGUGUCGAGGCGAAUGGGAUUAGUUACCACCAGGUGGCAAGCAUGGCAAACGGCUUACAGGAUUUGCUACUGGACUUUUCAGCCGAGAAGCAGCAGCAAUUGAUGUGGAUUUGCGAACCGAUUGAGUCGUUUCAAAAGUUGAACAUGGGCCCUAAAUGA